AUUUUAUUGGUUGGUUCCUCAACCUCCAAGAAUAUCAGAGGAGCGACACUGAAUGGAAAAUCUGACAUGUCAAUUAGACUUUGUGGAAAUAACUGAAAUGAUUCAGUAUGCUGUACUAUCUAUUAAUAUUUUUCUUAAUGUGAAUCUGACAGUUUUUUUAUACUUAUUUUUUUUUUUUUUGUUGCAUUUUUUUCUCUUUUUUUCUUUUAAAUAACAUGAUGUGGACAGGGACAUUAUGCCAGUGAUAAUCUAGGCAUAAUAUUGAGACGUGAUAUUAGCUCCCAUUUAUAUAUCAUUAUUUAUACCGUUUACUUUUGUACCAACUAAGCCACAACACUAAACUUUCCAUUUCGUUGCGUUUAAUGUGAGAAAUGAAUCUAGAACCAAAUAUGAAAUGGCUGGGCUUUAAUGCAUUUAUUCAAACAAGGGAACAGUUUUCAGAACUCCAAAACGCACCACAUUACACAAGGUGAUGUCAUCACCAAAACAUCCAAGAUGAAGGAGAUGGUUGAAGGUUUGCUCAUCAUUGCAGUGCCUCCACCAGAUCAAGCUUAUGUGGACAGAUUCAACUUAAAUUUGAUCAUUCUGGUGUCAAAUAUUGUAAUGUGAUUAAUCAGAAUUAAUUCUUCAUAAAACCUGUUUAGAUUCAAUUAGAUUAAGUUUUUAGUCUCACCUCUAUUCUUAGAAAUAUAUCUAUAUAUUGCUUAAAAAAUGAAAACGGGAAGCCAAGUAGAGCAGAAGGAAUCAUUUCCGUGAGAGUGUCUCACCUCAUAGAUGUGUCACUAGUGGAGCUGUUGGUGACGUCAGGGGCUCUUGGAGAGUUUCAAAUCAUUUUUAUUGCUCCUCAGACAAUUAUUGUCUACAUUUUUCAGGUGUUGGUUUUUCCAUGUUUCCUUUAAAAAGUGAAUUAACUAUUGUCCUAAUGAUUCUCCCUCCGUCCGCCCAACACAUACACCGCUACUUUUUCACCUUUGCUUCUUCAGUGAUUCUUUUCUAAAGAAAUACUCAAGGAAAACAAUAAGUUCCGCUCUCUGUGUUGGCUUUCAUUUGUAAACCUCCCACACAAUAUUACACCCCGUUCUCUCAGUCACGCGGAGCAGAGGGGGGAAUUCCACAAACUCAAUUAAAAACCCUGCAGUAUGCCUGCUGCUCUCCACCAGCACGUUACUCCCACCGUGUUUCUGAAUGUUUCAUUUUCAUGCUUUCUUGUAUUUUGUCCUAAAUGGCAGGCAGCUAACAAUCCUCGCUGAGGUGAGGUCAUCAAGGGCAAUUCUGAUUGAGUGCUCUGUGUGUGAAGCAGUUUUAAUCCCGCUUACCUGCUUUCAGUGUCGGCGCUGCACUUUGGUGACAAUAACUCAAACGACUUGGUGAACUUCACCACCUGAAAAAACUUGACAGGCGAGCGAGAGAGAGAAGAGUACCGGUGAUUCUAUGUCCUCCAGCAACUGCACAGAGCAGCGCUCACACUUGAGUAGCGUCUGAGCACGAUGCAUGAUCUUCCUGACAAUCUUCUCCAGGAGUUACUGCACUGAGAAGGUGACCUCAGUGCUGGGAGUGGAGUGAAUGACGCUGCUUGGCUCUGUGGCACCUACCCGGCUCCGGUCGUACUCUUUUCUAGAGGCAGCGAAGAGUUGAGCGUUGGAGAUCGCAAUCCCACAGAAAGUUGAUGGAACACCUCAAUCGAGAGACGGCCUUGAAGCUUCCAAAGCAGCUGUUCUGGUGACCUGAGAUUCUACUUUCCUAGUUGUCUGAGCUUCUGUCACCACCAUAGAGAUUCUCUUCUCCUGGUCACUACCCUAAGUGUCAGUAGGAGGCGCCAACAAUCGCAUGGAGGGUCUCCAGCUGCAAGAAGCACAUCUGAUCAUAUUUAUAUCAAACACCAGGGGGCGUUAAGCAAAAGGUGGAUCACAGAGAUCUUGAGGGGCAGGAAGGAGCACCUGGGAAGGACCAGCGGUGGCUACCAAAAGUAUGUCUUCAUUACCCAGAACUAGCCUCAUCCUAAUCCUAACCUCUGCAGAUGCAACACCACCUUGAUUGGACAGUGUUGUUGCAUCCAGAACAACAAGGAGCUCAAGAUAACCAUGAACCUCUGGAGCUUAUAGGCCACCUAAACCCUGUACACAUGCGGGGUUCACCUGACCCAACAGUUCACCACUUGCUCCAGAAGAGGGGAGAGAGCAGGAGAAAUGCAGUCCGAUCCCAGGGUCUGAACUCCAGUCCGGGUCUUGUCUCCCUCUCGGAGCGGGACUUGCUGCAGGGAGGAGCUAGCUGAGCCGAGCGGAGCAUCACAACCCGCAUUCAAGGAACCAGGCAAACACAGCACUUUUCCACUUUCCACUAUGUUCUAGUCUCCGUUCAAGUCACCUCUGUCCGAAGCAGAGCUGUGCUAUAUUGGCUGCGGACACCGAUGGAGGCCGCCUGUCGGUGAGAAGGCAGUGAGUGAGGAGGAGACCAGCUCAAUUGUUUCCUGCGCCAAGAACUGUAAAGACAUGGUCAUUAUACUGCUGAUGUGACGAGCAGGACGCCUUGAGUGAGCUGAAGAUUCAGAUGACGCUCCUCAUCUGCAGCGUCUAGUGCUGAGGGAGGUCAACAACACUCACCUUCACCCGCCAUGUCGUACCAACACCGUGGCUCCCAAAGCCGCACCAUGAGCUCAGAGGAGAGGAGCUCCACGCCCAUCAGCAAGACCGCCACCCCGGUCCACAAGAGCGCCUCCUCCUCGUCCUCGUCGCAGCGCGACAGCCGGCAGGAGGCGGACAGCUGGGAAAUCAUCGAAGGGCUGAAAAUCGGUCAGAGCAACGUCCAGAGGCCGGAUAAGCACGAGGGGUUCAUGCUGAAGAAGCGGAAAUGGCCCCUGAAAGGAUGGCAUAAGCGCUUCUUUGUGCUGGAUAAUGGCAUCCUGAAGUACUCCAAGUCUCCAAUUGAUAUCCAAAAGGGGAAACUGCACGGCAGCAUCGACGUGGGGUUAUCAGUCAUGUCCAUCAAAAAGAAGGCCCGGCGCAUCGACCUGGACACGGAAGAGCACAUCUAUCACCUGAAGGUCAAAUCCCAGGAUAUAUUUGAUGCCUGGGUCUCCAAGCUGCGUCAUCACCGGCUCUACCGUCAGAACGAGAUCGUGCGUUCUCCUCGGGAGGCCACCACCAGAACGUUUCCUCCACCAGCUGCCAUGGAGUCCCCGAAACCUACCUCGAGUAUGGGCCACGACGGCAAGCAGGCCAAGACCAGCAACCUGUCGUGGCAAACCGUCGCCCCCAGCAGCAGCAGCAACAACAGCCUGCCUGUCUCCUACAGUAACGGUCAGAGCAAAGUGGUCGCUUGGCUGGAGGAGUCGGAGGAGAUGGACAAAUGUGCCGAGGAACUUUCACGGUGCCAGUCCAACCUGACCGAACUGAGCCGGCUGCUGCAGAGUCUGGAGAUUUUACAGAGGACACAGUCGGCCCCCAACUUCACUGACAUGCAGACCAAUUGUGUAGAAUUGUCAAAGAAAGAAAAACGCUUGAACAGAAGAUGGAGAACAAAAAGUGUCGGCAAAGAUGCAAAAUUCCAGCUGCAGGUUCCUCACUCUGCGAGUAUGUCGCCAGUCCGCCUCCACUCGUCUAAUCCCAACCUUUGUGGCGAGCUGGUUGACUUCCAGCCCUCAGUCUCGCGACUGACAGACAGCGUGGAGUCUGCCAGCGACUACAACAAGCUCCAGGAGGAGUUCUGCACUAUUGCACAGGAAGUCCACUCUCUCCUCAAGUCGGCCUUCAAUACCGUGGCGAUAGAGAAGGAAAGGAUCAAGCAGAUCGUGUCGGAGCAGGAGCAGUGUGACCAGAUCAUCUCUCUCAGGAAGUCUCUGUCACAGGCCUUGUCCCAGAACGCUGAGCUUCGCACCCGCCUCAACCGCAUCCACUCCGAGUCUGUGCUGUCCGAACAAGUUGUCAGCGUGAACAUCAUCUCCACGCCUGAUGAGGCGGUGGAGCAGAUGGGGAUUCCUCUAACUCAGCAGGCCUCUAAUGAGAGUCGUCUCUCCAUGUCGGAGUCCGUCUCUGAGUUCUUUGACGCCCAAGAAGUGCUUCUGUCAGCCAGCUCGUCUGAGAAUGAGGGCUCAGACGAUGAGUCAUACGUCAGCGAUGUGAGCGAUAACAUUUCCGAGGACAACGCCAGCGUGACCGACAACGUCUCCAGACAAAUGGCCAACGGAGACUUCGCUGGCUGCGCCUUCCGAAACGGCCGCCGCACCUGCCUGGCAGCGCCGUGUCCCGACACCAGCAACAUCAACCUCUGGAACAUCCUGAGAAACAACAUCGGGAAGGACCUGUCCAAGGUGUCCAUGCCGGUGGAGCUGAACGAGCCGCUGAACACGCUGCAGCGCAUGUGUGAGGAGCUGGAGUACAGCGAGCUGCUGGACAAGGCCGCCGAGACCGAGGAUCCUUUCGAGCGCAUGGUUCUGGUGGCUGCUUUUGCUGUCUCAGGCUACUCAUCCACGUACUACAGAGCAGGAAGUAAGCCAUUCAACCCACUGCUGGGAGAGACGUACGAAUGUAUACGAGAAGACAAGGGCUUCUGCUUCUUCUCCGAACAGGUGAGCCACCAUCCUCCCAUCUCCGCCUGCCACUGUGAAUCCAAGAACUUCACCUUCUGGCAAGACGUGAGGUGGAAAAAUAAGUUCUGGGGCAAGUCCAUGGAGAUUCUACCCAUCGGCACUGUCAAUCUCACCAUUCCCAGGUUCGGAGACCAGUACGAGUGGAACAAAGUCACCACGUGUGUCCACAACAUCCUGAGCGGCAGACGCUGGAUCGAACACUACGGAGAAAUCACCAUCAGGAACGUGAAGAGCAGCGCGUGCCUCUGCAAGCUGACCUUCAUCAAGGGGAACUACUGGAGCUCCAACGUCAACGAGGUUCAGGGCUUCGUGAUGGACCAGGAGGGGAAAGUCAUUCACAGGCUUUUCGGGAAGUGGCACGAAGGCCUGUACUGUGGGGUUCCACCGUCUGCCAAAUGUGUUUGGAGACCAGGUUCCAUGCCCACAGACUACGAACUCUACUACGGCUUCACUAGAUUUGCCAUCGAGCUGAACGAGCUGUGCCCGGAGCUGAAGGACGUGCUGCCGCGGACCGACGCUCGCUUCCGGCCUGACCAGAGGUACCUGGAGGAGGGGAACUUGGAGGCGGCGGCGUCAGAGAAGCAGCGCAUCGAGGACCUGCAGAGGACGCGGCGCAGGUGGAACGAGGAGAACAACGUGAGGCAGGAGCCGUGCUUCUUCAAGAAGGUGGUGGACGGCAACCACCGGGAGAGGUGGGUGUCCAACAACACCUACUGGGAGCUGCGGAAGAACCCGGGCUUCAUCAACAUGGAAGCCGCCGUGAGCCUGUGGUAGCGCUGGGCUCGGCGCCGGCGAUGGUCUAUGCACAACCACGGCGAGCUGAAGGGGACGUGCAUGGAAAGCAGCCGAGGACAGGAGUUCUGUGACGCCUCCACGUCGCCGCCCCUCCUCCAGAGUCGCCCUCAUCCAGCUUUAGACGGGGUCAUCACGGCGACCGUCAGACUCUUCAGACGACCUGCAUGAGUAGAGCAGCUUUCACCGGCGUCAGCCAUAUUUAAUAGAUCAGUGUGGUAGAGGAAAUAGUAUUUUUAUAACAGCAGAUUUUACUGACACAUGGUCCGGCCUGGCGGACCAUAUUAUAUUUAUGUGUUUUAUUACGUCGGCGGGACGAAACGCUGCUGGUGUCCGAGUGAGAGCGCAGCAGAUACGAACCGUCUUCAUCAGGAACAGGUCACCUCCAUCAUUCCCAAUAGUGAGGUUAGUGAAAGCAUCACCGGCAGGUACUGACCCGCAUCAUUGUUCUGGGAGCGAGAUGAGGAGCGUUGAGGAUGGUUAGUUAGCUGGUUAUUUUAAACUCAUUAGUGUGGAGCUUUUCAACUCCAGCUAUAUGGAAGCAGUUUUUAUUUGUCGACUCCUUCAGUUGAUCUUCAAGGCUGAAAAGUACCAUCAAAAUCCGUUUUCUUCCCCCAAGCGUAGGUCAGGUUGCGGGGGCAGCGGCUCAACUAAAGAGACGUAGGCGUCCCUCUGACUGAGAAACAUCAUCUCUCCGUCCUGGAUCAGCCCCAGGACAAGUCCAGGAGACGUCCAGUCUUCUGUUGGAGGAGCCGAGGUUCUGCUCUGAGUGGCCCCUGGAUGACUGAGCUUCUCUGUCGAAGAUAGUCCAGACUCUGUUCCACACAGGUGAGAGGAGAAACCCACCGUGGUGGAGAGCUUUGUCUUCUGCCUCAGCUCUUUCUCCUCUCAAAGUCCGCCAUCCAUCCCUCGCUUGUGAACAAGCCCACACUUGACUCUGCCCUGGACUGAAGUCCAGAGUCUUUGGGUUCAGCCUGCUGAAGUGAGCGCAGCACAUGCUCCACCCUCAGUCGCGCCAAACUCCUGGCUCCUUCAGGGUGGGAGCGGCUGGUGACUGAAGAAUGGCUCUGGGGUCACGUGACCGUCAUCUCUCCAGCCAACUUGUUUUGCUCAGGCAGCUACUCCAUCUCCUCUCCUGGCCUUUAGACGUGAGCUUCCAAGUGAAACAGCUUCCUGUGCCGUCGAGCUUUGAGUUGUUCUCCCAACGUCGACGCUUGUUUUCACUCGCUGUGCCUUAUGAAGCCUCACGCGUGCGGGAGGCUCGCGACACUCACACUGUAAAUACCACGGCCCAUCACCUCCCGCCCUGCAUGUCCAGACAUCGCCUGCCAAUGAUUGUUGCUGAUGCCUUACGAGGUUUCGUUUGACCACUUUUCUUUCUGCGGUUGAGCGUCUGACUGACGGCAAACCUUCUGAAGUGCAAUUUCAACUGAGAACAUAUCUUUCAUGGACACGACACUGCUGCUACUUAGAGCUGGUUCUAAUAAAAGACUCAACAGGCCAGUCUGCCUUUCAUUCA